AUGUCAAAACCAAAUGAACAAGUUAUUGAAGAGUUCAACAAAAUUGUUAAUAUCACUGUAGAAGAAUUAGAAUCAUUCCUUAAUACGGAAGAAUCUAAAAACGCUGGAUGGGGCGAAGGAGAUGAAUCCGUUGGUCACAACUCUGGACGUCAUAUCGUGGAUAUACUCACCAAGAACCCAGAGAAAAAGCCUGAGAGCUACGAUGAGGGAAUGUUGGAGCACAUGAGAAAGGUAGUCGCUUACUGUAACCGCCAUAUUGCAGGAGAAAUGCCUUCUUUAGAGUCAAAGAGUUUAGACGAAAUUAAGCACUCAAAAUCGUAUCUCAGCUUGAAGAACUGGGGCCAUGAUGUCCUCAAGUACCUCCAAAAAGAGGAUAAACCUGCUGAAGAAGACAAGGAGAAGCCAGCAGAUGAUGAGAAGAGGGAGGAUGGUACAGCAGAAGGAGAGAAGCAAGCCGAAAAGCAGGAAGAUGCUCCUGCUUCUGCUGAAGAAGAAAAGAAGCAAGAAGAUGCGCCUGCAGCUGAAGACAAGCAAGAGAACGGUCAUGAGGAACCUGCCCAGGAAGAGAAAGAAGAACAACCAGCUGACGAGGCAGAAGACAAGUCAGACGAUAAAGCAGAUGAUACUGAACAAUUGGCUGCUGAAGAGGCUGCUGACGUACCGGAUGCUGCACAAGCAGGUGAUGACGCUCCUGCAGAUGAGGAAUUGGAAGAUAACGCUGAAAAGCGCGGAGCGGAUGCUUCGGAGCAAGAGUCACCACAAAAAGCACAGAAGACUGACAAGUCUGAGUCAGCACCAACAAGAAGGUCAGCAAGAGCAGCUAAGCAAGUUAAAUCGUAUAACGAAGACGAGGAGGAUGAUGAGUAA